AUGGAGGUUCGGAAUUGUAAUGGUUGCAGAUCCUGGGUGGAGGACAUUUACUGGUCCCAUUUUCAAUUUCUCCAUUUCGCGCAGUUUCUCCGUGCAGAUUAUGAUCAACACCUUGCACUUCCGAAGACAUUUUCAGACAAUUUAAAGAAGAAGCUGCCUGAAAAUGUGACCCUUAAGGGUCCUAGUGGUGUUGCAUGGAAUAUUGCGAUGACUACUAGAGAUGAUACAAUGUACCUUGCACAUGGUUGGCAACAGUUUGUGAAAGAUCACUGUCUGAAGGAGAAUGAUUUCCUGGUCUUUAAGUAUAAUGGUGAAUCUCAGUUUGAUGUUUUAGUAUUUGAUGGGGGGAGCUUGUGUGAGAAGGCAAGCUCUUAUUUUGUUCGAAAAUGUGGACACACUGAAGUUGAACAUGUGGGCGGAAGUCUCGACAAGAGAAGAGACACAACAGAUGGUCCUGUGGAAGAAGGUGGCAUCCCUUUAAAUGCUGGUGUGGAAUGUGCUUCACCUGAGAAAUCUGUGCAUGCUAAUGGUACCAAGCAGCCAAUUAGUGUACCCUUUGAAGCUCCUAGUGAAGAGGCUUUCAAUGCAGAUAUUGAAUCUGCUGGUGCUGAGCAUGUUACCCCUGUUGGAGUCACUCUGUCAGCUGUUCCCACCGGAACUGUUAGUGGGAAAAGGAUCAGGAAGCUUGUUUCUGCUGUUAAGCAUGUCCAGACCAAGCGGAGGGGAAGACCAGCUAAAGUGACUCAUGUUACUGACAGAGCACUUGACUGGGUGUCUGGACUAGAAACUGGUGAACCAGUUUCUGCCGUUAGAAGUGGGCCAUACGAGUUAUAUAUCUCAAAUAGAAGACCUGUUACAGAAGAUGAGAUUAAAAAUACCUUGUCAUUGGCCCAGGCAGAACGUCCUGAAGACAGUUUGGUUGUAGUCAUGCGACCCUCACAUGUUUACAAGAGAUUCUUUGUGUCAAUGCCUAACAAGUGGAUAGGAGAGCAUAUCCCUCCAAUGUCUCAAGAUGUGAUCUUGCGCAUGGGUAAGGGUGAAUGGAUUGCUAGAUACAGCUACCACAAUAUUCGUCAUACUGGUGGCCUUACUGGUGGGUGGAAACACUUUGCCUUGGACAACAACCUGGAAGAGUUUGAUGUUUGUGUGUUUAAACCAGCUGGCCAAAUGAACGACACCUUGGUAAUUGAUAUGACCAUUUUCAGAGUUGUUCAGGAGAUUGUUCCUCUCUCUGCUGUGUCUUCAACAGGAAAAAGAGGAGGUAGAAAACCAGCUCAGAAUGUUGUUUUGACUGAAACAUAG